CACAAAACACCACCAAAAUCCCCCCCCUUACACACACUUUCACACCAUUUUUGAACCAUUUCGAUGGUACUCCAACUCUUUUAUCAAGGAGGAGCGGUCAGUGGGCAGAUUUACCUGCUAAUGACAGACAGAUAAGCAGCAAAGAGACAUCCAUGCAGGGGCAGGCCGGGGUCCUUCACGAUGUGACUGAUUUGCUCAGAGUGCAAAGAAGCUACUGAAUCUUGAUUUCUACUGAGAAAGGCGGCCUUUUUACAGUCUUCAUCUUGGAGACACGUACAGCCAAGGGUGCACACAAGGCAGAGGCAGGUGUUAUGGAUCUGCAACAUUUCCUGUGCUGGAGAAUUGCCCCUCUACUUCUCUUGUUGCCAUGUGGGUUCCAGUGUAUGUCCGUGCACAUUGUGAAUGAGGAACCGGUUCAUGUAAUCCCUGGCUCGAUUCUGGUUCUCAAAGCCCGGAUCGAGCAUGGACCCCUCGAGCAGAUCUGCAUGGUAACCUGGGAACGGGAGCCCGAAACUGGUUUUAAUCCUGAGAAAGUGACACUGGGCAUGUGCAGCGGCAGAGGCCUGAAGUGUACCGGUAUGCGGCCAACAGGCCGUGUGACCCUGGAGGAGCAGGGAGCCACCCUGAAGAUUGCUGGAUACACCGUGGCAGACGGCGGUGUGUAUGCUGUGACAAUCACGGAUCAAACGGGAGCGAAGGUCACUGGGCAUUGCAUUGUUAGAGAAUACGAGGCUGUGAACCACGUCUCAGUCAGCAUCAACGUCUCGCACUCCUCACUGGUUUGUGGCGAGGCCUGGGGGACAGACCCCCACUUCAGCUGGCUCCACGAGAGAGCGGCCAUCACCAAGUCUGUGGGAAAUGUUUCCUUGGACGGCAAGACUUUGUUUGUCUCCACAAGGCCCAUUUGUGGCCACUUCACCUGCAUGGUUAAAAACAAACUGGGCUACAGCACCGCCACCUACACUGCAGCACCAUGUGAGAUGGAGGACAAAGGGACAACGGUGGCAGUAGUGUGCUUAGUCAUUGUACUGCUGCUUGGAGGAGUGCUGGCUUUUCUCUUGUGGAGGAGACACAGAUACAGUGGAAGGGGAGAGAGGCUGCACGAACAUUUUGAUGACAAUAUUUGAAAACCCACAUUGUCAAUCUACACUCCUGUUACUCAGAUGGAGAGGAAAGAACAGGAAAUGGACUGGGCUCUAAGGGAGGAACUUCCUGACCUGUAAGCAACAUGACCUUACAGUGCAUUGGAACAAUGUAAAAAGUGAACUGCUUGCUGGCAAAUGGAAGACAUCUAAAAAUGGAUAUCCAUGUUCGUGUGAGCGGUGUCCUUACACUGCCUCCUGCUGGGCUACACUACAUUAUGUACUUUAAUACAAAGGAGUAGUUAUUUCCUUGGAAAAACAUCAAGUAAGUUUGUAACAAUGUGCAUUGUAAUGAAGUGAAACUUACUGUAUUGCUUUCAUAAUAAAAUCCCUGCACGAAUGUGAAACAAUCUCACUGACUCAGCAGUUCACUUGGCAGACUCAAAGAAAACAAAAUCCUAAUAUUGUGAGACAGUCUAAAUUUGAAAAA